UAAUGCUGGUUAGGGUUUAUGGCGGGUUUCUGGGCCCAGGAAUUGAACAUGGCGAAGAGUGCAGGAAAGAUGACGAGAAUUUGUACAGUGCGGUGGCAAGAUUUCUUCGAAAUCAGAGCCUGUUUUGAAUACUCGAUUUGUGAGUUCGCGAUGAUCGCUGCAGCUAUUCGCGCAAUUGCCCCGCUGUAGAAUGUUUUCGCUUCGAAUUUGUUGACGGAUCAGAGAUUUUCAUCGAGGCCAGUUGGCCGCUCGGGAGCGAUGGGGACUGCUCCGGGGGCUAACGUGCACCUCUCCAUGAGCUUCAGCAAACAGCCGUACAUCGAAGAUGUCGGGCCGCGGAAAAUCAAGAGUGUUCGCUUUUGUACGAUGUCAGCUAAGGAAAUCGUCAAAGUUGCUGAACUACAUGUUUGCGAGUCAAGCUUGUAUCGUAUGCCUGAGCGGCAGCCAGCUGCCCAUGGUCCUCUAGACACUCGCCUGGGAACCACAAACAAGAAGGGAGUGUGUACCACUUGUCAUGGAAAACUUGCGGAGUGUCCAGGACAUUUCGGUUACGUCCGGUUGGAACUGCCAGUUUUCCAUAUUGGCUACAUAAAAAACAUCCUGACAACCCUCCAAUGUAUUUGCAAGUCUUGCGCUCGUAUUCUCAUGCCAGAAGAUGAACGCAAAGUGUUUUUAAAGCGCAUGAGAAAUCCACGAGCUGAAAUAUUGCAAAAGAAGGCCAUAUACAAGAAGGCAGUUGAACGUUGCAAGCGAGUGAAAUUGUGCCCAAGGUGUGGGGAUUUCAAUGGAACGGUGAAGAAGUUGGCCCUUCCCACCAGAAUCUUUCAUGACAAAUACAGCAAAGCUAUCGACUUGAAGGAGGAGAUGCUGGAACAACUGAGUGAGGCUAUGAAGUUCAAUAAGGAGCUGAAAGCACACGUGAAUCGCAUAUUUGAUUCUCUAAAUCCUGUGCGAGUUCUUUCACUUUUUGAGAGGAUGCUGCAAGAGGAUUGUGAGGUGCUUUUCCUGGCAGAUAGACCAGAAAAGCUAAUGGUCACCCAUUUGGCUAUCCCUCCUGUUGCUAUCCGACCUUCAGUGGAAAUGGAUGCUGCUGCUGGAAGCAACGAGGACGACCUUACAAUGAGGCUGCUGCUCAUAAUCAACUGUAAUAAUCAACUGCGAGCUUGCUUAGAGACAGGACAACCAUCAGAGAAAACGAUGGAAACAUGGGAUUUACUGCAGACACAAGUUGCGUUGUACAUCAACAGUGAUACUUCUAUCCGUGACCAUAACCAGCAAGCCCAACCACCAGGAAAACUUCUCCGCGGCUUUGUGCAAAGGCUGAAAGGAAAACAGGGUCGAUUUCGAGGAAAUCUCUCAGGAAAGCGUGUGGACUUCAGUGGGAGGACUGUCAUAUCCCCAGAUCCAAACUUGAAGAUUACUGAGGUCGCAGUACCAAUCUUGAUGGCGCAGACACUCACCUAUCCUGAGAAGGUCACUCGUUACAAUAUUGAGAAGCUGAGGCAAUGUGUUAUUAAUGGAAUGUCCAAACAUCCUGGUGCAAACUUCGUAGUAUUUCCCGAGAAUGGAAAGUCCGACCAAGAACGUUCCUCUGUAUAUUUGAAAUUUGGUGAUCGCAAGCGAGUGGCUGCUGAACUCAAGUAUGGAGACAUCGUUGAACGACAUUUGGAGGAUGGAGAUAUUGUCCUGUUUAAUCGACAGCCUAGUCUUCAUAGAAUGUCCAUAAUGUCACACCGGGCCAGAAUAAUGCCAUGGAGAACACUCCGAUUUAACGAAUCAGUAUGCAAUCCUUACAAUGCUGAUUUCGAUGGAGAUGAAAUGAAUCUACAUGUGCCACAAACGGAGGAGGCCAGGACUGAAGCCUUGCAGCUGAUGGGGGUGCAAAACAACCUUUGUACUCCAAAAAAUGGAGAAAUUCUGGUGGCCUCAACUCAGGACUUUUUAACGUCAUCCUUCUUGAUUACGAGGAAGGAUACUUUUUACGACCGCGGGGCAUUCACCCAGAUCUGUUCCUUUAUGGGUGAUGCUGUGGAGACCAUAGAUCUUCCAACUCCGUCCAUACUGAAGCCUAUCGAACUCUGGACCGGAAAACAGCUGUUUAGUGUUCUCGUUCGUCCUAACGCACGAUCACGGGUUUUUGUAAACCUAGUGGUUAUGGAGAAGAACUACAAUCACGGUCAGGCGAAGGAGACAAUGGACCUCAAUGACGGCUACGUAUAUUUUAGAAACAGUGAGCUUAUUUCAGGACAGCUUGGCAAGGCAACUCUAGGUAACGGUAACAAGGAUGGGCUCUUCACAGUGUUGUUGAGGGACUACAAUUCCGAGGCAGCGGCUGUAUGUAUGAAUCGUCUGGCAAAACUCAGUGCAAGGUGGAUCGGAAACCACGGAUUUUCCAUUGGGAUCGAUGACGUGCAGCCAGGUGCAAAGCUAUCUCAGGAGAAAGAAGCACAAAUGUCCAAGGCUUAUCGUGAAUGCGACAACCACAUUGAUGCUUACAAUAGUGGCAAGCUGACUUUACAACCGGGUUGCAAUGCAUCUCAAAGUCUUGAAGCGAUGGUCAUGGGAGAAUUGAAUAGGAUUCGUGAGGAUGCAGGGAAGGUAUGUCUGAAAGAGUUGCAUUGGCGGAACAGCCCACUGAUCAUGUCUCAGUGCGGAUCCAAAGGUUCUCCUAUAAAUAUCAGUCAGAUGAUUGCUUGUGUGGGACAACAAUCAGUUGGUGGAAAACGAGCACCCAACGGAUUUUUGGAGAGGAGUUUGCCGCACUUUCCAAGGAACGAUAGAACCCCUCAGGCAAAAGGUUUUGUUGCGAAUUCUUUUUACAGUGGGUUAUCAGCUACAGAGUUCUUUUUUCAUACUAUGGGAGGACGCGAGGGUCUUGUCGAUACCGCUGUCAAAACUGCAGAGACUGGUUACAUGUCUAGAAGGCUUAUGAAGGCACUCGAGGACCUUUCUACCCAGUAUGAUGGGACAGUUCGGAACUCAAGUGGGGGAAUUGUUCAACUUCUUUAUGGUGAUGAUGGCUUAGAUCCAGUGAACAUGGAAGGAAAGGAUGGUCUACCUUUCAAUCUGAAUCGUAAUAUGCUGAAGGCUAUGGCAACGUGCCCUGCACGCGGUGUCCUUGGAUUACCACCUGCAGAACUUACGAAGAAAGUAGAAGAACGCCUUUCAAUGCCAGAUGUCUCGUUGGAGAAUGGCUGCUCUGGUGCCUUCAAGCAGUCGCUUUCAACUUUCAUGGAGAAGCGAAUUGCUGCUAUUGCCCAAAUGAGGACAAGACUAGGAUUGCCGCUAGAUAGGAUUGAUGAAGAUAACAGCGUGCUUGAGAAAGCUGCUGCAAACAUCUCAGGGUUGACUGAGCGCCAGUUACAAGUAUUUCUCGACACCUGCAUAAGGAGAUAUCAUAGAAAGAAAAUUGAGCCUGGCUCUGCUGUAGGAGCAGUUGGCGCUCAGAGUAUUGGAGAGCCUGGGACUCAGAUGACCCUAAAGACUUUUCAUUUUGCAGGCGUUGCCAGUAUGAACAUCACUCUUGGAGUUCCCAGAAUUAAGGAGAUUAUUAACGCCUCUAAAAAUAUCAGUACACCGAUUAUAACUGCCAAACUAGUAUGUGAUAAUGAUAUGAAGGCCGCACGAAUUGUCAAAGGUCGCAUCGAAAAAACUGUUCUCGGAGAGGUAGCCAAAUCAAUUAAGGUGGUUCUGAGACCAGGGCAAGCGAUGCUCUCAAUCAAGCUUGACAUGAAGAGAAUUGAAGCUCUGCAGUUAGAUAUAUCGUCCUCAACGGUGGCACAAGCUAUUUUGAAGACUCCGAAGUUAAAGUUGAAGCAACAGCACCUGCGGGUUGUGGACUAUCAAAAGCUUGUCGUGUUCCCUCCUGAUAUGGAUCGUAACAAACUAUAUUAUUCGUUGCAAGCUCUACGACUUUCUUUGAGGAAAGUCAUUGUCAAGGGGAUCCCCACCGUGGAGCGUGCUGUCAUUAGUGAAGAAAACGGGAAAUACAACUUGCUUGUGGAAGGGACCAAUCUUUCAGCUGUGAUGGGCAUAGAUGGAGUGGAUGGUCGUCGCACAAAGAGUAAUCAUGUUAUUGAAGCUGAGCACACUCUAGGAAUCGAAGCCGCGCGCAAGUGUAUCAUUGAUGAAAUUCAAUAUACCAUGGCCAGUCAUGGAAUGAGUAUCGAUAUUCGACAUAUGAUGUUACUCGCUGAUGUUAUGACUUAUAAGGGUGAGGUGCUGGGAAUCACAAGGUUCGGAAUCGCCAAGAUGCGUGAUAGCGUUCUCAUGUUAGCAUCUUUUGAGAAAACGACGGAUCAUCUCUUCGACGCAGCAAUUCAUGGACGAACAGAUGAGAUAGAAGGGGUUAGUGAGUGUAUCAUCAUGGGCAUACCUAUGCCCAUAGGGACAGGCCUGUUCAAAAUUCGUCAAAAGUUGGAGAAGAUUCCUAAGCUAACGUAUGGUCCAGAGCCACUUCUCGGGUAGUGAAUGUUUCAUCAAAGUAGCGGCGUUCGAAGCGAAUAGACAAAGGCUCUGAUUCAACGGAACUUGGAGGCUUUGUGCAGAUUUUUCAGACAUUGUGCUGAAGAGGAGAACUUGUACAAAUCUACAAUGCAAGACCGUCAACUCAGGCUUGAAGGUGUCUGGCUUGCAUUUUUUAUGGCCCUCGAUGAAGAUCUCCAAAAUAGGAGAUUCUGAAGCAAAGUUGCUGCCCUUCAAUGGCUGUGAUGGUGUUUCGUGGAAACUUUCAGUAUAGGAAGGCAGUUAGUAGUUAAGUUAAACUAUUAGCGAGCAUGCUGCUUUCGGGGCUAGUUCACAAGUUGGCAUAUGAUAUAAGAGGAAUCGAUGUUAUUAUGCCCGGUUCGCAUCGAAAUUUUCUGUGGCAGCAUAAGCCGCACAUAUCUUUCUUCAGUUGAUUUCUUCCUACCUGCAUGUACUAUUUAGUCCAGCCCUCAUGGGCUUGUAAAAAUUGCAUUUUUCUCUAAUGGGUUUACUCCAGAAUCUGUUAAGUCCUCUACGAGACGAUCCCGACUUUUUUUUUUAACGUGUAGGCCCUUGUGGGUGAUCACGUGCUGCUAUAUAUAAAAGAGGA